AUGCCCCUCAAAACUUUCGGUGCCUCAGAAUUCAACUCCUCCACCCCAAUCAAGGUCGAACCACUCACCAUCAAAGGGUUUGCAAAGUUUGGAUCAAUCGUGUCGCCAGACGAGGAAAUCGCCACCUCCGCAACAAAUACCAACGCCACCGCCACCGCCAACGCCAACUAUGGCACCGCCAUAAAACUUAGAAAAGUCUCGCAGGUCGCCAACCAUUUCUCCCAAUCGUCAAGUCCUCAAUCGCAACUGACCAACCUCAACAUCUUCCGAUGCUUCCCUCCAAUCCACGCCAUGUCCAACAUCACCAACCACAGUUUCCAAUACACCGGGAAAGUGUUGGAACGUCAUAGAUAUUCGAGCCAAACAUUCACUCCUAUGGGGAGAGCAAGAAAUAAGGUGGGGUACAUCGUGGUGUGUUGCUUGAGUGAUGACGACGAUCCUAAUAAGUUGCCGGAUCCUCAGACCAUCGAAGCAUUCUAUUGUAUGGCGAACCAGGCAGUGACUUACGGGCCAGGAACCUGGCAUGCCCCAAUGAUCGCGGUACUGGAGGGGUUUGGCAGUGAGGUGCUGGUGAAACCUCACGAUUUCCUUGAUUUCCAAGUGUUGAUCAGUGAAAAUGACGUCGAUGACGACGAUUGUCAGGAAUGUUACUUUGAGCCGGGGUUUGUAUUGUCGAUGGAGGGGAGUGAAAUAAUAAAAGAUUGA